AUGACGUUUUAUUUUGAUGAUGCGCCCAGCAUUGCCGAACAGAAGUCCCUGGAAAAAAUUACCUGGCCAUGUCCAAACCGUCAGGAACACUCUGAGAGAAGCAGAAAGCCACGGCAGAACAACAUCUGCACGAUUCGAAGCCUCGAAAGAUUUGUUCUCGGAAGACUCGUCGCACGCAGAGUCAACCUACUACUGGCGCAGCACUACGCUGCCGACCCCGAAACAAGACGUCAAUCGGAGCACGAACCUUUCGCGUCGACAUUGCGUUUCGAUGAGGGUGACUGCGGCCCAGCUGCGUAUGUCACUGCAAGAAUCGAGAUCGAGAUCGCCAAACUUCUCGCCAGGAGGCUACAGGAGACAUACCAGGACAGUAUUUGA